AUGGAAACUCUCAAAAUCACAAAAAAGCACCACAAACAUCUCAACAACCCCUUCCCUUCAAAUCCAAGAUCUCUCCCUUGUAUUCAAGGAACUCUAUCUUUCAAUCCCCCAACACUCCCUUCACAAAAAAUCUUUUGCAUUGGGAAGAAUUUUCAGUUAACUUGGCAAUCCAAGAAUGGUGGGUCUCUCUCAAUUUCUCAUCAAUCUCAGCCCAACAGACCCAUAUGGUCUACCAUCCCUGGACAAGCCUUUGUCUCUGCGGCAUUAGCUGAAACAGAGGUUGAAGAAAGCAGGGGAUCAUUUGUUAUCACAGACAAAUAUGUUCAUUUGGUAUGUAAUCAUCAAACUGUCGAAGAUAUAAAGGUGAUUAACCAAUCUGAUCUUAGCCUAGAGGGAGAAGACAAUGAUUUGUCAUCUGGGUAUGAUAAAAAAACAAAUCCAAAUGAUACCCAAUUCCCUGUAUUGUUAAUUACAGGUAGGAUUUUCAGUGUUAACAGAGUGAAAAAGAAAAUUCAAAAUUCUGGAAUCUAUGAGGAGUCAGAGGUUUUGGAAAAUGAACCUUUUGUUUCUGCAAGGUAUUGGGUUUUCUUUGAUCAAAAGACCAGCAAUCAAAUUGGGUUUGAAGUGAAGCUUGGAAAACCCAAUUUUGAAUCACAACAAAGCAUUUCACCAAGAAGUCAUGGAACUCACCAGGGCUUUUCGCGGAGGCUGAGCCAGUUUAGGAGGCGUCAACUUGGUUGGUCUGGGCAUCUUUUAAAGCGAACAGCUGUUGUAGCAGCUGCAUCAACAAAUCAAGAAAAUGUGAUAAUGAAUGGUGUUGAAUGCGUGGAAUUCAACAGGGUCUGUCUUACGUAUUCAAGUGAAAAAAAUGAGAGAUUUUAUGGUUUUGGAGAGCAGUUUUCUCACAUGGAUUUCAAAGGAAAAAGGGUUCCUAUUUUUGUUCAAGAGCAGGGGAUUGGAAGAGGAGAUCAACCAAUAACCUUUGCUGCUAACUUGGUUAGCUACAGGGCUGGCGGAGAUUGGAGUACAACCUACGCUCCUUCACCAUUCUAUAUAACAUCGAAAAUGAAAUCUCUGUACCUUGAAGGAUACAAUUAUUCAGUUUUCGAUCUAACAAAACAUGACAGAGUUCAGAUACAGAUGCAUGGAGAUUCUAUUCAAGGUAGGAUAUUGCAUGGGAAUUCACCUUUGGAGUUUAUUGAACAAUUCACAGAAGUCAUCGGAAGACCACCAGAGCUUCCUGAGUGGAUUAUAUCUGGUGCCGUGGUUGGAAUGCAGGGUGGCACAGAUCUUGUACGAGAUGUUUGGGACAAACUACAGACCUACGAUGUCCCCGUUUCAGCAUUCUGGUUACAGGACUGGGUAGGUCAGAGGAACACAGUAAUUGGAUCACAGCUUUGGUGGAAUUGGGAAGUAGAUACAAUGAGGUAUUUUGGGUGGCAGCAACUAAUUAGACAUCUUAGUGCUCAGCAUAUUAAAGUGAUGACAUACUGCAACCCUUGCCUAGCUCUGAUGGAUGAGAAGCCAAACAGAAGGAGAAACCUCUAUGAGGAGGCAAAGGAGUUGGAUAUCUUAAUCAAAGACAAGAAUGGUGAACCAUACAUGGUUCCCAAUACAGCUUUUGAUGUGGGAAUGUUGGAUUUGACGCACCCGCACACGGCAAGUUGGUUCAAGCAAAUUUUACAGGAAAUGGUGGAUGAUGGUGUCAGAGGAUGGAUGGCUGAUUUUGGUGAAGGCCUUCCUGUGGAUGCCACCCUUUAUUCAGGUGAAGAUCCCAUCUCAGCCCAUAACAGAUAUCCAGAAUUAUGGGCCAAAAUAAACCGGGAAUUUGUGGAAGAAUGGAAAAGUAACUGUUCGGGUGAAGAGAGCGAAGACCCAGAAGAGGCCUUGGUUUUCUUCAUGAGGGCUGGUUUCAGGGACAGCCCCAAAUGGGGAAUGCUAUUCUGGGAAGGCGACCAAAUGGUGAGUUGGCAGGCUAAUGAUGGGAUAAAGAGUUCUGUUGUUGGCUUGUUGAGCAGCGGUAUUUCGGGGUAUGCUUUCAAUCACAGCGAUAUCGGAGGCUACUGUGCUGUAAACUUACCUUUUUUCAAGUAUCAAAGAAGUGAGGAAUUGCUUCUGCGAUGGAUGGAACUUAAUGCAUUUACAACUGUCUUCCGCACCCAUGAGGGAAAUAAACCAGCCAGCAACAGCCAGUUUUACUCAAACCACAAGACUUUAUCACAUUUUGCACGGCUUGCAAAAGUGUAUAAAGCUUGGAAGUUUUACAGGAUCCAACUUGUUAAGGAAGCUUCUCAGAAAGGCUUGCCUGUUUGUCGCCACCUAUUCCUUCAUUACCCAGAUGACGAACAUGUGCAUAGCUUGAGUUAUGAGCAAUUUUUGGUUGGUGAAGAGAUAUUAGUUGUGCCUGUUCUAGACAAAGGAAAAAAGAAUGUGAAGGUGUAUUUUCCCGUAGGAGAAAGUUGUUCUUGGAAACAUAUUUGGACAGGAAAUCUAUACACGAAACAAGGUUCUGAAGCUUGGGUAGAAGCUCCAAUUGGCUAUCCUGCCAUUUUCGUCAAGGCUGACUCAGUCAUUGGAGAGACCUUUCUAAAAAACCUAAGAGAAUAUGAUAUUUUGUAAAGAUUUGAGAUCUUGAAAAGUGUUUCUCAUCCAUCUCAAAACAACAUUUUUUUUACUAACUACUAGGAUAAUCAAUUCUUUUUGUUGAUAACAGAAUAUGUUCAUUGAAAUAUAAUCCAUUCAAUGUUACUAUUUCAGUUUUGGGGGUAAGCUGGCACCUCAGUAUGCUUAUAUGCAACUUUUAGAUCCUAGACAUGGGCUUUCAUUUCCAACACUAAAUAGUUUUCCAACAACAAUAAACUUAAACAAAUGAGGAAAAUGGUUGUGACCUCACUAAACGUCAAGUAACAUGCAUAAAAUUGAAGGAGUCAUAUCAUGAAUUCUUUUCACAUACUCUUUACCUUGCACUAGAUUAAUAUUGUUAUCAUAUGAUUACUUUUACUUUUAUAACAGUCAAAGAACCAUUAAGAGAACAGCAACACUUGUUUUCAGGAUCUAAUGAAAUACCUACUCAAUGCAAAAGCAAAGAAUGUUCUAGCAUGCACUUCUGUUCUAAUAACAAUUAAUUGGUAUCUACAGUGAUUACAUCCUCCCAUCAUGAUGUUGAAAUGCUAUGACAUUAAAAUUUUAUGUCUACAUAUGGGUAACUUUGCUGUGUUACAUCUUCCAGGAUAAGAAUAAAAGGAUACAGGAAAAUCCUUCAGUUGAAGUGUAAAAUAAACGAUUUUAACACUUUGGCCUUCCUUUCCUCAUUAAUAUAUAGGUAUUAUCUUAAUUAUGAAUAAUUCAUAUGGAACUGAUAGCCAAUGGAGUUGUUGAAAUGCUAGUAGAAGGUAGGGAUUUCAGCAAAAACUUCAGGGAAAAUAUAAAGAAGGUUAAAAGAGUGAAAAUGAGUACAGAAAUGCAUGUUAUACAUUUGAAGCCAAUGAAUCUAAAGCAGUUAUCUCGUGAAUAAUUAGAAAAAAUGUUGAAUGACUUCAAUAUUUAUAAAUAAUAGAAUAUCUGACAAUACAACUCAAGCUAAGUCAGCUAGAGGCAAGACUUAAAUAAUUUCAGAGACUAUAUGACCCUCAUUUCUAUAAUAAUUCCCAUAGUAUACUUAUCACUUCACAGACUACCCUCAUUUGUACAUUAAUUCCCAUAGUAAUAAUACCUUAAUACUCUUCACCUAGCAUAUCCAGCACUUCCCUAGAAUAAUUGUUUAGAAAGACUAACACUUUGGGUUAAUGGAUGUGUAGUAAAUUCCACUUCCAAAAUGUUUGUAGGAAUCAUUGACUCACACAUCAACUUCUAAUAUGGAAUAUUUAAUAACCAUUAUUAGCAAAUGCGCUAACUCCUGUAAGUAGAGAUAAUGAGCAUCAUAAACUUUUUUCCUUAGUCAGUUUCCCAACAAGUUCAAUAAAUACAUCAAGCCCAAACAAUUCAAAGCCUACUUUGAACAAGAGAAUAUUUUUUGUUAUUCAUGAUCUAGUUCGCAUAGCAAAUAGGAAUUUCCAAUGACAACAUUGUUAGGAAAAU